GAGCUUAAACAUUGUGAGCAGCAGUUUGAAUAGAGUUUGGAAGAUACAAGCAUUUCUGUUUUUCUAAGCUAAAACAACCAUGGCUAAUUUCCAACAAUAUGUGUAUCCACCUACUCAGGAACAGUCAUACGAUGUGUAUCCACCCCCCCAAUCAUACCCCGAUGUGUAUCCACCUCGAGCCACUAAACAACAGGCAUUUUUUGCACCAGGCACAGACCCGGAGAUCAUAAGAGCCUUUCGAGCCUAUGAUGAAGAUGGCAAUGGACUCAUUGAUGACGAGGAGUUACAGAAAGCUCUCUCCACAGCUGACCUGUCCUACAGCAUCAGGACAGUUCGCCUUCUCAUGUUUAAGUACAACAGCAAUUGCACUAGAAUAGGGCCAAAAGAGUUCACAACCUUGUGGCAUGAUCUACAGGCAUGGCGGUCAAUCUUUGAGAAAUUUGAUAGAGAUCGUAGUGGCACGAUUGACAACAUGGAACUUCGGGAUGCUCUUCGCCAAUUGGGACUUGCAGUAUCACAGCCAGUUUUACAGCUUCUGCUUACAAAGUAUGACAGGACAGGCGAAGACAGCGGAAUUGAUUACGACAACUUCAUCGAGUGUGGCAUAAUUGUGAAGGGGCUUACUCAAAAGUUCAAGGAGAAAGACAAAAGGCGCUCUGGCGCAGCCACUCUGACCUAUGAAGACUUCAUGCUCACUGUUUUACCCUUCAUUGUUGCAUAGGGAGAUUUGGGCUUAUACAGGGUCUUGUUAAUAAGAUGAAAUAGGGUGUUUAUUUGUCAAGACUGGCAGACAUAUAUAUCAUCCAUGUGGGUCCCUGGUUACUGAAAAACUUUUGUCCAACAUAUUUUUAAAGUAUUUCUAUAAUUAUUCCUAAGAGAUCUAUAGAA